AUGACGCCAAGGUAUUUACUGACAUCGCUGGCACUAAACGAUUUAUUCACGGGGAUCUUGAUAGCUCCAGUGGCACUUCUUCCAGCUUUGUACAAGUGUUGGCCUUACGGCGAAAUAUUCUGUCAGAUACAGGCGCUUUUACGUGGCGCUGUUAGCCAACAAAGUGCCAUUAUAUUGGUGUGCAUGGCUAUUGAUAGAUAUUUAUAUUUGCUACAUCCCGCUACGUAUCAUAAACAUUCUAGUAAAAAGGGUUGCGUUUUAGUUAUAAGUGUUACGUGGAUAUUAUCAGUAUCCCUAUUUGCCAUCAUGGUGCUGCCGAGAUCUGGAUAUUAUUUUAAUUCAACUGGACUCAUGGCCUGUGAUGUUUUCCAUAGCAGAGUCGCCUUCAGGAUAUUAUCAUGUUGUGCUUAUUACUUUCCAACGACUAUGGCAUUGAUGUAUUGCUACGGAUCAGGUUUUCAUGUAAGCAAAACUAGAAGUAAAUAUGAUCCAGAACCUAUUAGACCCAAUGGUGUACCCGUUUCUUGCCCAAAGACGUCACAUGGUGAACACGAAGUAGUGAUACAGGCCCCUGUGAGACCGCACAGUGUGAGCACAUCACGGACAAUGGCGGCCAUGUCGUUAGGAUUCAUCGUUAUGGUUACACCAGCUACUAUUCAGGAAGUAGUAGCGGCCUGCACUGGAUGCAAGGUUUGUUGUAGAAGGUCAAAGUCUUUCCCGAGUUAUGAAAAACCUACAACGGGAUGUUGCGGGUCUCCAGUAACAUCGGACGGCUUGCAAUCUAAAGGAGAAUUCGAAGGCCUCGGUGAAAAAUAUUGGGGAGAGAUACUAGAACGUACUGUUUCAUCCUCAUCUCUUCAUGCUAUCCAAAAAGCGUGCCACCGUGACCCUUUAAGAUGUUCAGGAUCUUUCAAGGGCUGCUCUAGUAACUGUAAGCAAGACCCAAGAUAUUUAGAAGGAUAUGGUCCAACCGACUACAGACAUCUUGACAGAUCUGCUUUUCAAAUAGAAUCAUGUUCGAGACAAUGCAGAUUGAAAAACUCAGAUAUGUGUUUAUUCAGGCCGAGUACUUCCUUAGACUGCGGUCGCUCUCGUUCCAACCUGAGUUUAGAUGAAGGACAUUUCAACAAAUCCUGUAAUGAUUCGCCAAGGAUCGAUGAUGAUAUGCAUCACUUAGAACAUAAUCUUGACCGAAUACGUAGUUUAAGUCAUGAGAGAAGCUUUAAUGCUUACGGACUAAAAGAAAAUAGCAACUUAUUAGAAGUGGAAGUGAAUGAUAUAGUUGAAGAUGAAUCAGAUGAAAAUAAAGACUACGGUAAUGAGUGUGCUUCUGAUUUUCUUGAUGAAAAAGGUGAAUAUAGUGCUCAGAAAUUUUCACGUACUUCGUCUCUAUCGAAUAGGGAACUUGACGUUAUCAAAGAAAGCUCCAGGAGCUCAAGUGAUACUGAGGUGACAUUAACACGAUGA